ACAUCCUUUGUUUCCAGAUAGACUGCUCCGUAGGAGAGCAGAGGAAAACGAAACAUCAAAAUGGGGGUUUUGGCAGGCGCGAUUGGCCUCACCGUUGACCCGGCGUUUCUCCCCGUGAAACCCUGUGCUUGUACAUCCCACCUCCGGCGUACAACCUCAUCCUCCUUGGAUUCUUCUAGAGUACCUGAAGUACAUCCACAUGGAGGAGCGGUGGUAAUGGUCGCCACCCAUAGAUGGGCAUUCUUCAAUUUCAGUAACGCCCUAAACGCUUCCAGGCCUUGGAAAGGGAAAAUUAGGGCCAGUGGUUCUCCUGGUCUCUACUCUGCUGAAAUCUUUGAGCUCACAGCAGAGAACGUGAACUUGGUCCUCGAGGAUGUUCGACCUUAUCUUAUUGCCGAUGGAGGAAACGUCGAUGUUGUUUCCGUACAAGAUGGAGUCAUCUCUCUCAAGCUUCAAGGAGCAUGUGGGAGCUGUCCUAGCUCAACAACCACCAUGAAGAUGGGAAUAGAACGAGUGUUAAAGGAGAAAUUUGGAGAAGCAGUCAAAGAUAUUUGCCAGGUCUCUGAUGACCAGCAGAGUGAGACAACCGUUGAGACGGUGAAUGGUCAUCUUGAUAUACUAAGACCAGCCAUUAAGAGUUAUGGUGGGAGUGUUGAAGUACUAUCCAUUCAGGAAGGAGAUUGCUAUGUACGAUAUGCGGGGCCCGAGUCAAUUGGAUCAGGAAUCAAAGCAGCCAUCAAAGAGAGAUUCCCGGACAUUGUGAAUGUUGUUUUGGGCGACUAAUAUGCAGUCAAGAAAGUCUCUGGAGGCAUGGAGAGUUACAGGAUAAGGAAUCCAUGUAUGUGGAAGUGAGCUCACUUUCUUUUAAUAGUUUCACAUUUUGCCAUACAUGAUCUUUUAAAUCACAUGCAUCUUCGAAUGCAUAUAUAUUUUAUUUAUGUACGUAUAUAGGGCUUUGGCCUCUAUGUUACAUAAUGUAGAUACAAACAUAUGAUUUUAUGAUUGAUCAAGCAAGCCAAUGGGGUCUUUUUGUGGUGCUUCA